AGUGGUGAAAUGUGUCAUUGGGUGUAACAGUGGACAGACAAGACUGUGGAAGUUGACACAUGAAUAAUAUUUGCGUGUAUAUAUACUAGGUUUUGGUUAACACAUUUGGUGUUCAUGGGUGCAGAAGCCAUGGGAGAGAUCAAGCACUUAGUGGUUGUUAAGUUCAAGGAAGGUGUUGUGGUCGAGGAUAUUGUAAAGGGGAUGGAGAAGCUGGUUUCAGAGGUUGAUCUUGUCAAGUCCUUUGAAUGGGGGCAGGAUUCUGAAGGCCCAGAGAUGCUUACACAAGGCUUUACUCAUUCCUUCUCCAUGACGUUUGACAAGAAGGAAGACCAUGUUGCAUUUCAGAGCCAUCCUAACCAUGUUGAAUAUUCUGCUACAUUUUCAGCAGCUAUUGAGAAAAUUGUGGUGCUUUGUUUCCCAUCUGUUUGUGUUAAGCCAUCGGCAUCGGCAUGAUCUAGAACAUCUCAUGAUAAUAGAAGGCAAAAAAAAAAAAAUGGUGCUUGCAUGUGUUUUAUAAAGUUUGAAAUCAUUAUGUGGUUGCUUUGUAUAAUUGUUAGUGGCUAGCUAUUUCCUCUACUAGCUCACCCUAUGGAUCUUCAACCUCUGUAAUAUGGAAAUGUUUUAUGAUCAUUUUGCUUUCUUAUCAUCUUUCUGAUGAAUAGACAGAUUGCCCUGCUGUGAAAUCUGUACUUUUGAACCUUAUACUUGUUAGUCAAAAGGUGAUUAAACUA